AUGUGGCGCAACUUGGCAUACGGGUCCCAGAAGGUAGCGGACGCAGUACCGACUGUUGUGCCCACCAAGUCAGUGAAGGAAACAGUGAUAUCACAAGUGGACGCAUCGUCUGUACCCAAGAAUGACGGCGCAAAGGUCUAUAAAAUCCUCGAGUACUUGCGCAAGGUCCCUAUGCACAAGGCCGUAUCAGGAAUCGAUAUAUUCAGACACACGGGCGUCGACCUCACGAUGGACGAUCAGGUGGAGCAGCGUCUUAAGAACAACCCAAAAGUUCGAGCUCAAGGAGAUCAGUACGCGUAUCGAGCCAAAUAUGACAUCAAGAAUCGGACACAGUUGAUUAAAAUCCUUGACCGAAUUCCCGAGGGGAUGCCGAUUGAGGACUUGAUCGAUUGCUACGUGGGAGUGGAGGACGACCUGAAAGAGCUGACGCGUACAGGAGAGAUCAUUUGUCUAAAGAACGCGGACAAGGGUGCAGAGGUAUACUACUCUCGCGGAGCUGCCUUUCUUGUGGAUUUAUCUGGAGUUGCCACGGUUGAGGCUGGCAGCUACUUGGCCCAUUCCAGCCAAGAUGUUACUGAAGAAAUACGGCGUGGCGAUGCAUUCCGCCUUGGAGAUCAUUGGUUCCGUGUAUCAGCAGCAGUAAAGAGCUCAAGCACUACCCGUCCAGUCCCAUUUGCAGGGGUGACCUCUAAAAGCGUUUCGUCUACGCGAGAUCCUAAUGUAUCGAAGAAGAUUAAGUAUAUGUUCAAGUUUGAUAAGGAUCACCUUCCUUUGGAUGUUCCGUUUCCAGAUGCAAAGAGGUGGAAUGUGGCUAGCAGUGAUCGCUGGGAUCUUUUGCCCAAGCGUGGUCCCAAGUUUCCAUUGGUGAAGCAUGGUGCCACAAAUGACAUCCGCCAGUUGUGGCGUGACACUUUACGAACAUGGCCCUCGGAUCGUGCUGAGUUUGAGAAGAAAUUGGUUCAAGCUGGUUUGACAACGCAGGCUAAGGUUGAUGCAAACCGCCGUCAACUCAAGCGCCGCCUGAAGGAGGACAAGAAGAAGAAUCGACCUCGCAAGCAGCGUGACAUCAAGAUCACAAACCAUCAUCUCAUUGGCACAAAGCUUGGUGAGAUUUUAGCGAAGGGCAGUCAGGAUCAGUUUACACUUGGUGCUGUUAGAUUUGAAAAACAGUAG